AAAACCAGUGGGCAACUGUGAAUUUGGGAUUACAUGGGCCGUUAUUAUGGUUUUCGGAAUACAUAUCACUGCAAGACGGUUUAGCAGAACAGAGAGCAAAGUGACGGCUGGAUAGCCGAGCAGCGGGAACGGGACAUCCUCCGGUGUUGUCGGGACUCUCCACAAUCAAGCUGCCCAUCUUCAUCCAAGCCCCUACUCUGAUGUGAACUGAACAAAUUCAUCUGUAGGAGUCAUCCUCUAAGUUGAGGAGCUGCCUCAUAGCUGGGGAAAGUCCAGGUGUUUGGGCCUCAAGUCAGAUUUACUGGCAGUCUGUGUGCUUCUAACCCACCAGCAUGCACAUUGGACAGUGGAUACCCUAGCCAAAACAGAUCCUGGCUUCCCAAAGAUGACAAGGUGCUGGCAGGCUGCAGCUACAAAAUGAUGGGAGGCAGUGAGACUGUCACUGGGGACAAGGAUGGGGUCCACACCACUGCAAUACACGUCCCCAUCGGCUGGCAGAGGAGAAUGGAGAGCGGGCGGGUGAUCUAUGUCAGUCCCAGUGGCACUGCCUUGUCCUCUCUGGACGAAGUCAAGACCUAUCUGUUGACUGAUGGUACCUGCAAAUGUGGCCUGGAGUGUCCACUCAUCAUUCACAAGGUAUUCAACUUUACUGUGGGAGUGAAGGUGGAACAGUGCAGCCAACCGUUAGGCAAAACAGAGCAGGACAUGACCAAACUGUGUAACCACCGCAGGAAAGUGGUAGCGAUGGCUGCUCUGUGUCGCAGUAUGCAGGCCUCACAGCUGCCCUUUCCCAACCUACAUCAUUCAGAGGUGAGCAGUCGAGGGGACAGCCGUGAUCCAAAGGGCCAACUCAUGGAGCAGGAAGAAGAGGACCGUGGCAUUUACCAUCCCAAACUCCAUCCAGUCCCUGCUCGACCCCACAACAACUUCCACUCAAAUCCCUGUGCCAGUCCCAAAUCCCCCCACCAGUUUAUUUACCCUUACAAUGGUUCCUCCCCCAUUCUUCACACAGCCACAAACUCUCACCAUCCCUUGGAUACUUUGAGAAGGCUUCACCAUCCUCCUCCUCUCCCUGCAUCCUCCACCUCUUCCUCCAACUCCUCAUUCCCCUCAUAUAGCGCUGCCCAGAGGUCACCCCGCACCCCCACACCUCAGAAUGUCAGUCAAGGUCAAAGAACACCCAAAACCCCGGAGACCCCUGGCUCUCCUCGGCUAGGGCCCCUCUCUUCACCUCCUCCCUCUUCCCCUAUGACACUUGGUGCAGGAGGAAGAGCAGGACAUACUCACACUCAUCACCCUCAUGGUGUUAUUGUGGGAGGCUCCACCCUCUCUCCAUCUCCCUCCCUCUCACCCUCUGUCCAUAACAUGAACUGUGUUUCUCCUCACCAGCGGACCCACCACCCUUCAGCCUCUCCUUCCCCUUUCUCUGAGCAGGGCGGAGGCUCAACAUUAGCAGAAGGAGGACAGAUGGGAAGUAACUUGUCUCAGAGGAGGAAAUCCACCUCUUCCUCUCCACACUCCCCUCUCCCUGGUGGCUCCCCAAACCCCAGCCCCCACUUCCCCAAGUACAAGCUGGAAGAUAUCUUGGAGCAGUUUAAGAACUCAGGCAACAGCAGCACUAAGAACCACCAUCUCCUAAACCCUAGUAACCCCUCCUUACUGACCAACCAAAGCAGUAGCAACCCUCAUGCUCUCUCCUCAAAGCCCUCAAAGAGCAUCAUGAGUCAGACUUCCAGCACAGGACCACCAGGUUUUGGGUUGAACUCUGCAGGUCCCUCUAAUUUGCCUCUGGGGGCAUUUCUGAACCACCACCACAACCAUCAGGGCAAAAUGCCACAUCCAGCUUCUUUUCCUGCAAGUAACUUGCUCUCUGCAGCUGCCAAGGCUCAACUGGCUAACCAGAUAACCCAGAGCCAGAGCUCAAAUGCGACCAGCAACCCAGCAAGUUUGCCCUCUUCUCUGGAGGUCUUGAAAGAGGCACAGCAGCAACAGUCAUCAAAGGUAACUAACAGCACUUUACAUAACAGCCACCCUCCCUCCUCCAUUGCUUCUACCAGGCCUCCCCAUUCCUCCCUUGCAGCAGCCUCUGCCAUCCUCUUUCCUCCAUCCCACGCGCUGGCCCAGUCCCUGGCUCCCUCUCUGCCCCACCUGCCUCCCACAGCGGAGCGCAAUGCAUCGCACAGGAAGAGGCAACGGCGGUCUCCGACAGUUCUCAGCAUGCUUAGAGACACCCAGCAGCAGGCUAAUGGGCCACAGAAGACCCCACCAGGAGAAGCUGUUUCUGCUACAGUUAUCAACCUUUCCUCGUCUUCCUCCCCCUCCUCCUCAUACUCCUCCUCCUCUUCCUCUUCCUCUACCUCAACUGUGCAGAACCAGAAUGCUGUCAUGUUGGAAACCCAUCAUCAUCUCCUCCCCGGGCAGAUGCCCAGGCUCCCUGCUUCUCGACAGACAGCACACCUUUCCAGGCCUCCUCGACAAAAUGAGGCUCUGGAUUUCACUACAGGUCUGACUCCUACACCUCUUGGCUUGGAUCCUCCAACCCAGCCUCUGUCUGCUCUGUUACACCUGCUCAGUGUACAGAAUGCACAGGCCACAGCCUCAACAUCAGCAUCCAACAUUGCGUCCGCUCAGCUAGGAUCUGAGUCUGUUGAAGGAGGUGGACACACUAAUAAACAGAGCCCUAGACUCUCGCCCUCUUCUCCCACUCCUCAUUCUAACGUCAGGCACCCGCAGAGUCGGUCACCCUGCCUAAACAAUGACACUAACUCUCAGCUCUCGGUGCCACAGCCGCUUUCUCCUCCCCCUACUUCCUCUCAGUUCAGAUCAGUGCAGUCUCAUUUACACCCUCAGUCUGCUAAGUCAAGUCCUCUACAAAGACAUUCUCCUUCUGCAAUAGUGGCGCCCAACUCAAAUGUAACUUUACACAACAGCAGCAGCCCAUCUCAGCAUAGGUCCCCAAAUCCCUCAGACAAGCAUCAACCAACGGAAAAUCACAUUCCUACAAUAGACUCUGUUUCCCAGGCACCUUUGCAGGAAGCCGCACCAGAGGGCACUGUUGCAAUGGAGCUCAGUAGUAACAGCUUAUCAACAUCAGUUGACCUGAGUCAUUCUCAAGGCAGUGUUACUAUGGCAAUAUCCACCUCCCCAAAGCCUCUUGAUCUUAGUAACCAUGUCCUGGCCCUUCUCGCAGCAUCUUCUACUGUGCCACAGGGGGAGGGCAGCACCUCCAAUAGCACCAUUGAUGUUGACAUGUCUUCCCAAGAAAAUCACACUGCAGGGGCAGACGAGUCUGGAUGUGUGGACCCGAAGGUCUCCACAGUGACCAAACCUCCAGCAGCCCCCAGCCCUGAGCCCAUCACCUCUCGUCUUGGGGAUAAUAACAACCCCCCGACUUCAGCUGUGGGUGACUCAAGCCCUGCCUUACAUCUGGCAGAGGCCUUCCCCUUUAUGAACCAAGAGCAGCUGCUUCAGCUUCUGUCAUCCACAGGAGGGGUACCAUCCCUCCUGGACCCUACAGUUCUUGCUUCAUUGCCCCUAGGGGGGCUGUGGUUGGGAGGACAACAUACACAGAUACCCCCUGCCAGUGCUACACUACAAACACCACAGAAUCUUGCAGAGCAGCAGCAAUCAGAGCAGCAGCAACAGCAUUUACUGAUACAACAACAAGAGACGCAGCAGCAAAACCAGGAUCAACAACAGAAGCAACAACAUAUAAACAACAAUCCUCUGUUUCCCUUGUUGCCCUUGUUAAGUGGUGCUCAAGGAGAGUUGCCUCUGAACCUUUUGGGCCUAUUGAACCCGCUCCUACCCCCAGCCACAACCCCUACCCCAGGACAGGAGGCUGAUUUAGGGCUAACAGAAAAACCCAGCCUUCAGGCUUUGGUUAUGGCCUCCUUAUUACUUGGGCAACAGCAGGCACCUUUGUUGCCUCUGUCUGGGCUGGGUCAGUUGAGCCAAGUCAGUUUGGAAGUUCCUCUCCAGCAACCACAGCAGAUCCCCACCACACUGGAGGGACUAACCCUGGAUAAAGCCUCUGGCCUCCUGGAUCCAUCUACCCUACCGGGCCCGGGGCUCUUGGAGGUCGCCCAGGGUCUCCUCCCCAUUCCUCCAGGAGCUGAGGGCACGAUCCAAGCCCUGCAGUCUUUGCUCCUUCCUGCCACUCUUCCUCCUCCCCCUGCAGCCUUCCUGCCCCUCAGCCCUGCCUUGCUCACUGCUGCCCUGAGCUCUGCAGAGCUCCACCCGCCUCCCCACACCCAAUUAGCUCCUGCACAGCAAACCCAACAUACCCAACCUCAGGUACCUACUGAUGCUGGUGUUGAUACCCUCAUACCCCUAUCUCUCCAAGGCAAAGACAACCCCAUCCUCCAGCAGUUACUUCCCACUUUGCUCAACCCUGCUGUAUUAGGAGAUCUUUCUGCCAUCACAGGCCUCCAUAACAUGGUGGGGAUUGGAACAGGUUCCAUCCUCCUACCCCCUGUCCAAACCUCUGCUUUGGGCAUGCCUCUGCUGCAGGGUCCAGAUGGGGCCAUUAACUUGCUCAACAACAUACAGCUGAACCUUGCACCACCCUCAGAGGGAGAGAAGCCAGUCUCAAUGCAAGAAACACAAAACCCUGCUCCACAGGAAAAUAUUCCAACCAGUCAGAUUACUCCUGAUGUGGUUCCCAGUCCUGCUCCAGCUCUGCCUCAAGGUCCUGCCCCUGCCCAAGAACCCACCCCACCCCCCCAGCGAGAAUCUGAGGGCAGGGCUGUGAUCGACCCUUACACCUCUUUCAUGGACACGAUUUACACCUCCUUCCUUCAAGUCAGUGCUAAAGAGCAGGAAGACGGGGCCCAUCUGGGUCCAUCUGACCCCACUUCACCCUUCUGUGCCUUACCGCCGGUUUCUUUCCCUGUGGCGCACCAUACCCCAUCCACCUCUGUCCCAACUCUGCCACAGGCAAGUUCCCCAGUCUCAUUGAGUCCACGCAGGGCCUGUUCCCUCCGCAACCCAGACUUAUCCCGACUCAGCCUGGAAGCAGCAGCCCAUUCCCCAGCCCAGGGGACGCCCAAACCCACUGAGGAUGGGUCUACGUCACCCUUACAAAGGAAGCCAGUCAUAGUAGAGGGACAUACUCACCCAGAACCUCCUAUGCCACCCAUAUAUUUGGAAGAGGCUAAGACAGACUGUACUGGGCCUGCUGCAGCUGUGUGCCCUUUCGUGGAGGCAGGGGGGGAUAGACAGGGGCACCUUCCCCAUUCAGGGUACCUUAGUCCCAUGGAUGGAUGCAGUGGUAGGCCCAGUGAGGAGACAGCUGGGACAUUGCUGCACACUGAACAGGGAAGGGAUCAAGCAGGAGCAGCGGGCGGAGCCAGAAGAGGAAGGAAAAGGAAACAAACGCUACAGAAUGUGUUAGAAGACUUCAGAGACAUGGAUGCUACAGCACUAGAGGAAACCAAGGCUACGACAGCACUGCUGAAGCCUGAGAGGUCAGUCCGUGGCAGGAGGCGACGAGGUGCCAGGUCUCAGAGGCAGUGAUUGGUGGAGGGAGCUGUCAGUCAGACCUGUUCACCAAUCAAAGGUGGCCAGAUGCCCCCCUUUCCCCCUCCAUCUCUCCACUAUCAUCACCACUGUUUAGACC